AUGCACCGUGAAGUCGUCGAUGCAAAGGAGAAGAAACGCCUUUAUGAUAUGGCAGUAGCAAAGGGUUCUACGGUCAACUUCGAUAUUGGGGACUAUGUCCUAUGGUCGAGGGUUGACCAGCGACUCUCGAAGGACAAGCUCCUGGCGCAGUGGGCCCUUCAUGGCUCGCGACUUCGCUUCUACGCCGAUUCGUCUCUGAAUGUGACGGAAGAGAUCCGUGAGUUUGUCUCGAACCAAGGUAUGCUGCUCGGAGUGGACGGAAUCGCAGACUUCCGCUACAAUCAGGCACUCUCAAGAUGGGAGCUCGUGGUGAACUGGACAGGGCUACAGCCGAUCGAAGCAUCAUGGGAGCCGUUGAUAGGGCUGAUGGCGCAGGUUCCUGACAAGGUGCGAAGCUACGCACAGACUGUGGACAACGAAGACUUCGUCAGCGCAGUCGGUCAAUCUUGA